UCAUCGGACUCGGAGAACAGCGGAGGUAAAUAUUGAGUAGACGCGCGUCGUGCUGUGUGCUGCAGUCUGCACGUAGGGACACCUGAACAUCCAAGCUGGCACGGCAGCCAGGUCGCCCAAGUUCAGGGAAGGCAUAGAAGGGUGUGUCGGGACGCCCAUAGCCAGCAAAUCCUUCUGUGGUGGCCAGUGUGAGUUUGAGAUGACAUCCAUUGUGAAUUUUGAGGGUAUUUGGGGUGUGGGGGAUGAGACGCCACACUGCUACCUGCUCACAGUGGACGACUUCACCUUCCUGCUGGACUGUGGCUGGGAUGAAAAAUUUGAUAAAGACUAUUUGGAUCGUCUGACAAAAAUCCUGCCACGGGUUGACUGUGUCCUCAUCUCCUAUCCUGACCCACUGCAUAUGGGGGCCCUGCCAUACAUGGUAGGGAAGUGCCAGCUCACCUGCCCUGUGUAUGCCACUGUACCUGUGUUCAAGAUGGGCCAGAUGUUCUUGUAUGAUUGGUAUCAGAGUCACCAUAAUUAUGAUCUGGUGGAGCAUUUUUGUCUUGAUGAUGUGGAUGCUGCAUUUGAUCUCAUCACCCAGGUCAAGUACAACCAGAGUAUACCCAUGAGAGGGAAGGGUAUUGGCCUCAGCAUCUCAGCUCAGCCAGCAGGUCACAUGAUUGGUGGUGCAAUCUGGAGAAUUAUUAAGGAUGGGGAAGGUGACAUUGUGUAUGCAGUAGACUUCAACCACAAGAAGGAACGGCACCUUGGGGGUUGUGAGUUGGACAAAAUCAGCCGCCCCUCUUUGCUGAUCACAGACGCCUUCAACUCGUCCUACCGCCAGGAACGCCGUAGACACAGAGACGAGAAACUUGUCGCCCAGCUCCAGGAGACCUGCCGUAAUGGAGGCAAUGUCCUGGUGGCCACAGACACCGGUGGUCGAGUGCUGGAGAUGACACACAUGCUGGAGCAGAUGUGGAACACUAAGGAGAGUGGACUGUCAGCUUACUCACUGGCCAUCCUCUCCAAUACUGGCUACCAUGUUAUUCACUUUGCUAAACAGAUGAUUGAGUGGAUGAGUGAAAAGUUGACCAAAGCUUUUGAUACUCUGAGGACCAAUCCUUUUAGCUUCAAACACCUCAAGUUUUGUCACAAUCUCACUGACCUCAGUCGCCUCCCAUCACCAAAGGUUGUCUUGGCGAGUUUCCCAGACCUUGAAAGUGGAUAUUCUCGAGAGUUAUUUGUGCAGUGGGCGACUAACCCCAAGAACACCAUCAUUCUUACAUCAAGGACAGGGCCGGACAGCCUUGCUAGACGCCUCAUUGACAAUCCUCAGAUCAGAACCUUCAAGUUGCUGGAGAAGCGUCGAGUGAGGUUGGAGGGACCUGAGCUGGAUGAACACUACAGGCAAAAAAGGGAAAAGCAACAGCAGCAGCAGAGGAUCAAAGAAGAAGUGGAGAGCUCAAGUGACAGUGAAGAUGAGGAGGGUCUGGAGGCAGGGAAGCAUGACAUCAUUGUGCUGCAUGAGAAAGCAGGCAACCAGAGCAUGUUCAGGAGCCGCAAACACCACCCAAUGUUUCCUUACCAUGAAGACAAGAUGAGAGGAGAUGACUAUGGGGAAUUCAUUAAUCUGGAGGACUUUGAGAUCACUGGCCUGAAGGAGGAAAACAAGGAGAAUAUUGACUUGCAGAUUCCAUAUGAUGACGACGACAUGAUGGAGAUGGAGGAGGCACCAACAAAGUGUGUGUCUCAGACAGUGACAGUGAGAGUGGCUGCCCAGGUCCUGUUCAUUGACUUUGAGGGUCGCAGUGAUGGGGAGAGCAUACGCAAGAUUGUUGAGGCAAUGCAUCCAUUGCGGGUCAUCUUGGUGCGAGGCUCACACACCGACCUCCAGGCCUUUGCAGAAAACAUCCGCAGCAUGACCAAGGCCAAAGUGUUCACCCCAAGCCUGGGCCAGGUGGUCAAUGCCUCUAUGGAGUCCCACAUUUACCAGAUCAAGCUUUCUGAGUCCCUUGUGUCUUCACUGGCCCUACAGCCAGCGGGCCGGGAGAUGGAAGUGGCUUGGGUGGACGGCUGCGUCACCUACCCUAUGGACACUAUUGAGGGCACAGGGGAGGAGGCUGACAGACAAGUGAUAGCCACAGAGAAUCAGAGAGAGAAAGACAUGGCCACUCUUGCUGUCAUCUCCAGAGAACAGGCUCCUCCUCACACUCCAGUCUUCAUCAAUGACAUCCGGCUGAGUGGAUUCAAGCAGGUGCUCAGCAGGGCGGGUAUCAGCUCAGAGUUCAAUGCCGGCAUCUUGUGGUGUGCCAAUGGAACCCUGGCUCUCAAGAAGCAAGACUCUGGCAGUGUGUCCCUGGAGGGACCUCUCAGCCCAGAUUAUUUUGAGAUACGUGAGCUUCUCUACUCCCAGUAUGCAAUAUUAUAGUGUCAUUGUGAAGGUGCAUCGUGGAUAAGUCUUGUAGGAGGAAGAGGCACACUGGCAGUCUUCUUUUGAUGUGGUGUUGGAUGAAAACACCUGAUUGAAGAAUUUAUUUUGAAACUCACACCUCAUAUGAUGAAUUAUCUUUUUAAUGAAAAUAAAAAUAAGAUAUUUUCAA